CUCAGAUUUUGCCGCCUUCAGCCGCCAAUUUUUCUAUCGCCGGCCCCUCCAACUGCAUGCGCGCAUUCGUUCAAUGCCGCAUUAUGCGACCAUGUCGGCAACGGCAAAUGCGCCAUGAAGGAUUGCUACAUAUUUUACUACACGUAUACGACGCCUAGGCAAUCCAAGCCUUGAGCGUUCGAAUUGGACUUUCGCCUCGAGCGGGCCCAUGCCCACGGUCCAUCAUGACUCACAUAAACGUCGAUUCGCCCUCGCUGCCAUCGUCGCCGUCCGUGCAAACCCCGACGAUGGCUGAGCAAUCCGACAGCGAACGUCCGAAGUCGACAGAACAAUCGCCGCCGCAACAGCCUGACCCGGCUUGGCCAGUGCCUUACUACCUCGAGAAUGGCCUGCGCCGCGUUGCGCCCUACAACUAUACCUACAAUACCUGGUGUAAAGAGCGAUGGAGGGGAAGGGAAUUGCUGGAUGUCUUCGAGAGCGAGUUCAGGGACCGUCCGCUCUCCUACUAUAAGCACGCUAUCGAGACAGGCCAGGUACGUGUGAAUGGAAAGAUCGUGCCUCCUACCCAUGUUCUUAAAAAUGGCGACAUGGUGUCGCACACCAUCCAUCGCCAUGAACCACCUAUAUCAGCGCAACCUAUCGGUGUCCUUCACGAGGAUGAUGAUAUGAUUGUGAUCAACAAGCCGUCAGGCAUACCCGUCCACCCUGCCGGUCGCUACAAUUUCAACUCAAUCAUAGAGAUCAUGAAGGCUGAACGCGGCCCUGAGUGGAUCGCCUAUCCUUGUAACAGACUAGACAGGCUGACUAGUGGCAUCAUGUUCGUUGCCAAACACCCCAAGUCGGCAGAACGGCUUGGGGAGCAGAUCAAGCAACGAUCUGUGCGCAAGGAAUACAUCGCCAGAGUCAUAGGCGACUUCCCUGACGGAGAAGUCGUCUGUAACCAACCUAUUCUUUCCAUUUCACCCAAACUUGGUCUGAACAGGAUAAGAGCAGACGGAAAAUCUGCUCGAACGGUUUUCAAGAAGUUGGCUUAUUAUCCGCCACGUGAACCGCGAGUGCGGCCGUUUCCCAAUGACGAGUCUCAUCCAACUCUAGAGUGUUCUGAUGAGAAGUCAAGGCCAUGGUUACGCAAGGAAGGAUACUCCAUUGUUCGUUGCCUCCCAGUAACGGGCAGGACUCAUCAACUUCGAGUUCAUUUGCAACAUUUGGGUCAUCCUAUUCAGAAUGAUCCAAUCUACGCGAAUCAAAAAGUCUGGGGCGUCAACCUGGGAUUUAAUGACCCUGACGCAGUCGAAAAUACCGAUGAAGACAUAGUAUCUAGACUGAACAGGAUGGGGAAAGAUGACGUAGCUGAUGCUGUGGCAUAUCACGAUGAAAUGGUAGAUCAGUAUUACAAGCAAAAGGCGGAGAAAAUGUCUGGAAAGCUUUGCGAGAUCUGUGAUACUCCUCUAUAUACAGACCCCGGAGCACAAGAGCUAUCUCUAUGGUUGCAUAGUUUGCGCUACGAGGAUGCGGGAGGUAGCUGGAGUUACGUCAGCCCUCUUCCCGACUGGGCCCUACCCCCCUCUGGCUAUGUUGGUCCGACCGAAGUUGGCAAUUUAGACGAGCUAGUUGAAGCAGUGAAAGACGAGAAUCCCGAGCUCGCCACGUCGUAACUAGUCGCCGCCCAAAAUUUAAAUAAUAUCCAAAUUGGUGGCCUCAUCUGCUUCGUCUCUUGAUUGGUCGAGCCCUUGAAUUGACUUAAACCCAAAUGAUUGGAUUCAGUUAAGGUUAUUUCCAAGUUGCAGCCUCGUCUCAUGGACCAAAUUGCCCGGUUCCCGGAGACUGCAGCGGCUCUAGCCACAACAAUAAGUGCGAUUUACCCAAUCAACUACCAGUUCAGUAAUUCCGAAACUCCGAAGGCUUCUUUUUUCUUCUAGCCCUAAAAGCUUUGACCAGACAUAAUAGAGUUCAUUGGCCGAAGCACUAAGUUUUGGAGAACACGUCGUUACGAAUUUGACCCCCUAUGCGAAUAUCGAGGUAGCACACACAGUUAUUCUAGAAGGUUGCCAGUGGCAAUGGUAACCUUGCAUAUAGCAUGCUAGGGAGGCUCAAACUCUACUGCCGAGGCACAGCGCGGAAGCUGCGUCAUAUAGCUGGUGAGUGUGCUCCGUGAUGGGCAGAUUAUCUCAAUGUAAGUCAAAAUCCAGCAGUCAACCGUUCAUUCGCUGACUGCUCUAUCGGCUCGUCAACAAUGCUCAAUAAAUCAAGAAGCCUUAUCAUCAUGAUUCCUCGUUCAUGGCUAUUUUGAAAUUUCUUAUU